UAGUCAUGGCGAAUAACGGCGGCGAAUCCGAAAGGACAUUGAAAGCAAAGCGAAAGGAGAUGGGAACUCCGAUCGGACCACAUGAGUCGAAGAUCAAUCUGACGGUUCUGAAGCGCUGCGACGAAACGAUUGUCGACAUCGUCGGCACUGCCGGUCAAGUGGCGUUGUAUCGUUUUGUUGACAACACUUGGCACAAGACGGACGUGGAAGGAACUCUUUUUGUGUUCAAGAGAUCUGUUCAUCCCAUAUACGGGUUCCUUAUCAUGAAUCGCCUCAAUACAGAAAACGUGCAGGAUGUCAUCACAGCAACAAUGGAAUUUCAGACCCAGCAACCGUUUGUUCUGUACAAAAGUGUGAAAAACAAACUCAUUUACGGCAUCUGGUUUUACGACAGUAAUGAAUUCCAAGAAGUUGGCAAUCUCAUUGUCAGACUGAGUCAGACCGUUCAACCAGAGUCUCACGUGACACCAACACCUCCAGCAUCUGCAAACAUCACUGCAGAAUCGUCACCAGCAAAGCCUCCAUUUCGACGUCACCAAUUGCUCACAAACGGAUCAACAACCAGCGUAUCUCAGCCCAGAAGAUCCAUACAGCAGCAGCAGCAGCAGCAGCAGCAGCACAACACGCAGAAAUCCCACCCACAAAAUGUGGAUCAAACUGCUGCUCAUACCAAACAUGGUGGAGCAUUGCCGUCACAGGAAUCACUGGCUGCUCUUGAUCCAGCGAUAAUGGCUUUACCGAGCAGUCUGGCUGAUAUGAAAGUUUCGUUAUCACAAAAUCAGCCGGCCGUACAGACAAGUGCAAGCACCGUGUCGUUGCAAAGCAAAUUGAGGACGUCCGUUAUGCCUUUAACACAACAGCAGACAUCGAACAUUUUGCAGCAUUUUGUUGCCACGGCAAUGACAACCGAUCCGAGUGAUGUCCCUUCCGUUUCACACGGUACGCCAUCGCACGCUCUUUCAGCUGCGUCGAGUACGACGCACUUGAGGUCUCCAUUGGAUUUCCAGUUGGCCAAUCAGAAACGAAUUGACUUGACAGACGUGCAGCGUAAUCUCUUUGCUGAGCAGCCACAAGAGAAACCAACUUCUACUACUACGGCAGCUAGCGGCUUGAAAAGAGAAAGACCAGCUUUGGACAGAGAGCAAUUUCAACAGGCGAUGCUUCACCUCAUACAGAACGAUAAGAGUUUUGUUGAUGUGCUGCAUGAUGCGUAUAUCAAGAGUAUCGGCAGCUUUUCCUCAUCGUAGACUUUUUCAAAUCCUGCCCCAGCGUUUUCACCCCCCGCAUGUAAUCCACCCCUUCCCGUCCCCCCUCAAGGCUUGCGUCCCCCUUGCGUUGAGUCACUUAUAUUAUGGAUAGUACUACAUCACACAGUUAGGUCUGAAUCAGACUGUAGUCACUACGCGUUCGCUUACAGCAAUGAUGCAAGCCACUCUCUUUCAUUCUG